AUGGCUCGUCACCUAGAUUCGUCCUCCGUCUCAUGGCUCCUCACCCAGAUCCUCCCUCCCUCCAUCUUCCCCUUUGCGCAGUGCAGGACAGCUAAGGCUGAGGCACCGACCAACCAGGGAGGCAACAGUAAACGAGCAAGCUACAACAGCAAGCACCAAGUACCUCAAAUUUUAAAUGCAGGAAGUGGUGGAAGCGGCCAUGAACCUGCCCAUGCUGGAUUUGUUGGGCCAGGGAUGUUGACCGCUGCUGUUUCUAGAGAUGUUUUCGCUUCUCCACCUGUUGAUUCUAUUUUAGCUAACUACACUGGUGAUAGACUGAAUUUUGGAUUAGCUGCUGAGCAGGCAAAAUCUAAAGGCUAUAAGAUGGAGAUGGUCAUUGUUGGAGAUGAUUGUGCCCUUCCCCCACCUAGAGGGAUAGCUGGUAGAAGAGGUUUAGCUGGAACAAUUCUUGUGCAUAAGAUUAGAGCCACUCCUAUCAUGGAACUUAUGAUCGCAGCGAGAAAAGCAGUUCCCGAGUUGCAAUUGGUGUAUGGCAUUGUUGUUGACAGAGUGUACAAUGGCACACUUAUGACAUCUCUUGAUAUGGCAGGAAACCGUCCACCAGCAAAGUUUCCUGUUCCUCUACCACCAUCACCUUCAAUUAAGGAUGACGAGAUUUUUGCUCCAUCUCAGGAGCUGAGCAAGCAAGGCUGUAUCCUGGAGGCUGCUAUUGAAGCAAGUGCUACUGCAAUUAUCAAUCUCAAGGAUAGCCUAAAUGAAUGGGACAGUAAAGUGGGCGAUGGUGACUGUGGAACCACAAGGUGCAACAACUAUUCUUGA